AUGGCAACCCAAAAAACCUUAACCCUCCUCUUCCUCCUCACAUUAGCAGCACUAUGCAUCACCUCCAACGCUGGCAUUACCAAGAUCACCACCUACUGGGGCCGAAACAGAGAUGAAGGCUCUCUAGCAGAGACAUGCUCAACAGGAAACUAUGACAUUGUGAUUAUAGGUUUCCUUAUAGCGUUUGGCAACUUCCAGACUCCAGUCAUCAACCUUGCAGGACACUGUGACCCUUCUUACUAUGGUGGUUGUUUUAGCAUUAGCAAUGAUAUCAGGGCUUGUCAAAACCAAGGUAUUAAGGUGUUUCUCUCUCUGGGUGGAGCUGCCGGUAGCUACACACUUGUAUCAACUGAAGAUGCUCAACUGCUGGCUGAUUACCUUUGGAACAACUUCCUCGGAGGCUCAUCGUCUUCCCGGCCUCUCGGAGAUGCUGUUUUAGAUGGUAUUGAUUUCGAUAUUGAGGAUGGAACUAGUGAACAUUGGGACGAGCUUGCUCAGAUGCUUUCUCAGUAUAGUCAAGAAGAACAGAAGGUGUAUUUAUCAGCCGCGCCACAAUGCGUGUACCCGGAUGAACGGAUGGAAAAGGCACUCUCCACGGGACUUUUCGACUAUGUCUGGGUGCAGUUUUAUAACAAUCCUCUAUGCCACUACUUCUUCUGGCUUAAUUCUUGGAACCAAUGGACUUCAAGUGUGACAGCUACUAGCUUCUUUGUGGGGUUGCCAGCGUCGCCGGAAGCUGCAGAAAGUGGGUACUUGCCACCGAAAACUCUGAUCUCUCAGGUGCUCCCUUUCAUCAUGGAUUCGGACGAGUAUGGGGGUGUCAUGCUUUGGAAUCGUUACUAUGAUCGUUUGAGUGGGUAUAGCUCUCAAAUUAAGAGUGUUGAUUUGGCGUUGUUACCAAGGAAUACCUCUGCAAUUAGGGCUAGUGUUUGA